GGGAGGAGAGGUGGAGAGGAAGCACAGCCCCAGAUCUUCUGGGCUUUCUGCAAAUCGGGCACCUCGCUAAUGCUAAAACUUUGCUAGGCGGAGACCGGAGGGGAGAAGAGCUGUGGGGAGCGCGGCUCCUCUGGGAUGUGGCAGUGGGAUUGACGAUGUCCGUCCUCCUCCCGGCAGCGCCCGCGACUUGAUUUCUCUUUGCCAGCGGUGCAGCUCCCACACAAAGGCUGUGUUCACCACUCGCAGGUGUGCUGGAGCUGAGGGUCGCUCCCGAGGGGACCCCAGACCUGUCCGCAGCGCUCCCCGCGCCCGCGCUGCCGCUGGGACACGCCGGCUGUGCCCCCGCGCACACGCGUGUACCCACGCCUACCCACACGCGCGCUCCGGCCGCUCCCCACCUUGCCCUCCACCUCCCCAGGAAGAUCCAGCGGUCGGAACAAGGCACAUCUUUUGGCAUCGAAAGGAUUAACUCCCCGAGGAGCAGCGGCGGAGGCUGAGCCUACGCUCUCGCCACGCAUCGCCGGCUCCUCGGCACGCUCGGGAGUUGUGGAGCCAAGCUCUCGGCAGCUAAUCCCCCUCGCUGCUGGCAGCCGGGGCGGCUGGGAAGAGCGAGCGGGGCUGGAGGGUGAAGGGACAGGAGGGAAGAGAAGGAGGAGGAGUGCACACACGACGCACACACACACACACGCAUGCACGCACACCCCGCCGAUGGCAGCCAGCGGCACCAGAUCGGUUGCUGUUUACGGGGAGGUCUGCCGGGAGCCUAGCGCCGAAUAGAACAAGCUGAAGCAUCAGGCGAGCAGAUCUGUUCUCUUGCAAAAGUCCUUAAGGUAAAAUCCGAGGCCGGCCGUUCCUCGUUCAGCUGCCCUUCGGACGCCGGAGGCUGAGCGGGCUGCUGUCGUGGUCGUUGUCUCUGACUAAGGUUUUAUUUUCAAAGGUAGUGAUCUCGAGAUGCCAGCAAAAGAAGUUCCUGGAAGCCAAGCUGGCGUGGCCAGGAGCUGUGUGCUGCCGGCUCUGUUGCACAUUGGGAGCAGCUGAACUUUGUGGGGUUUGAAUACACCGUUCUCCUCUGCAAAACACUUCGGACAGUGUUACGGCGUUAGGGGGAGAGUGACGGCUCGGCACCGCACACCUGGCGCCUGCCAUUACCCAGACUGAGUCUGAGGGACAGCGAAGCAGGGAUUUUUGUCUCUUCAAGGACCUUCAACUGUGACAAGAAGCUGGAGAAAGGCAGUUUAUUUUUCUUUUCCAGAUGACUGAAAAUACCUACAGGAUCCUGUCUCUCCAUCUUUCUUCGCUGAGUAGCAUCAGGGAGAGACGGCUGAGGAACAAAAAUGAUAUCGGUCAAAAUCGUUCCAGCACCUGCUUUUGCCCGAGGAACUUCAUGCCCAUAGGGGUCUGCUGCGGGCACUUGCAGGAGUGAGGACUGACAUACCACAAAUGCAUCACUACUGGAUCAUGUAAGAAUUUGCAAAUGAGAAACCUGCCCCAGCAAGACCACCUCUGCCCAGUUUGUAGUACAUGGUUUGGUGUAAGCACGGCAAUUCUCGCUUCUUUCUCUCCCUUUUAAAUCUCUCGAGCUUGGAUAUCUCUUUCCUCCUUGCAAUUAUGAUUAUUUGUAACAUCAGUGCCAUCAAAGAUUGGAGCACUUUCCUCUCCCAGAUCCUACCCAGCGUUAACAAAACUCUAAACUUGGUACAGCAAGUGGAAGCCACCACCAGCUCAGUUGUAAGUGUCCUCCAGGACCCUGAGCAGGACAACUACCUGUCCAACAGCCAGUCCAUGAACUCCAGCAACUUCACAGAUGGCCUGGACCACUUGUUCCAGUACUCAUACUCAGACAACGACCAGCUUUACAAGGAGUACAAACCUCCUCCUCGAGAUGCUAUUCCUCUGCCAAAGGCUGUCCUCUACCUUCUCAUGGCAGCCCUGGUGGUGGUGGCAGUGGCGUACGCCAUCGUCGGGCAUCUCAUCAAGGACCUCAUUCAUGACUUUAUAGACUGGAUCUUUGGCCCCAGCCCCGAUGACAACAGCAACAAGAGCGAUGUCAACUGCAUCAGCAACAGCGUCAACGAGAUGAGCGAGAUGCCCGAGGUGCCGCGGCGUCGGGAUCGCCAGCCGCAGGAUGUGGUCAUUUCCAUCAGCGAGACCUGCCACCUGCCGCAACAGACGUGACCAGUGUGGUGGCCGGGCCAGGCAGGACAGAGCAGCGGGGUGGAGCAGCAGGAUGGCACAGAAGCCACCUUGCAGGACUGAGCAGUGAGAGGAAAGGAUGGGCAGAGCCGGCGCCACAGAGAAAAGCCCUUCUUGCCCUGGUUUUGCCAACCUCUAAGGACCUUGCCAGGCUGGGCGGCAUCACCCCUUUUCCUGGACGUGUCAGUC